UAGUAUUAUCUUUUUAUGUGUUAUUUUCAUUUUUUUAUCUUAUGAAUGAUAGAAUUGUUAAAGAAAUGUUCUAUGAGGGACAUUCAGGGGCCAAUUUUUUUGAAAAUAUUAAAUUUCUACUGAUAUAUCCAUUAAGCAGUUUAAUAAUGAAUCUGACUUUUAGGAUAUUCUCAAACAGUUCAUCAUUUAAUAUAUUUUUCAUUCUAGUUCAAUUAUUGCCAUUAAUCUUGGGAUUGACACUUAUGUCUUCUCAUAUAAAUUUAAUAUUGCUAUUUCAAAUAUUGAUAUUAACUAUUUUAUUAAAGAGAGGAAAAUAUGAUUCAAGCUCAGUAUUUAAUGCGACCAAAGCCAAUUCACAAGAUUCUCAUAUAAAAUUCAUAACCUCAUAUAUGGUCUAUGUCCUUUUAGCUACCCUGAUAUGUAUAUUAGGUGUAGAUUUUCGCGUUUUUCCUCGCCAUUUAGCUAAAUCUGAAUUUUAUGGAUUAGGGUUUAUGGAUUUUGGUGUGGGCGCUUUUGUUUUUACUAAUGCUCUUAUAUCACAAAAUUCUACUUUUAGAAAAACAUUAAAAUCGUCCGGAAUUUUAAUAUUGUUCGGCGUGUUAAGGACUUUAUUUAUCAAACAUUUGAAUUAUCACGAACACAUAAGUGAAUACGGCUCGCAUUGGAAUUUUUUCAUAACGUUAGCCUCCGUUAAAUUAUUAGGUUUUUUUAUGGAAAAGUUGGCUAUAUUUAAUUUUUAUUGCUGCAAGAGACGAUUUUCUGUAAUAAACGGUAUUUUGUUGAAUAUAUCUUUUACUCUAUUUAACGCGCUUUUGGCAUUAUUUGCUCAUUACUUCCUCAUAAAUAAUAUGACAUUUAUUCAAUAUUUUGAUAUGGAUAUACAUUCCUUACGUACGGAUUGGAUCAUGUCUAACAGAGAAGGAAUCUUAUCAUUUCUCGGAUAUCUUUCGAUAUAUAUAUUUGGAACUUUUAGUGCAAAAAUUAUAUUUUAUAGCUAUAAAAAAUCCAACCACAUGGUGAUAAAACACCUUUUUUUCAUGUGCAUUGCAUCAGCAGUACUUUGUAUCAUUACUGUUAAUUAUAAAAACGUAUCAAGACGUGUGUGCAAUCCUUCUUAUAUUAUUAUAGCGGUUUUUUUAAAUAUAUUUUCCCUUUUAAUCUUCGCAACUAUGGAUGCAAUCGAGAACUCAUGCAUCAACAUAAACCAAAAAGCGGUUCAUGCUUUAGAUAAUUUUAUGGAAAAAAUAAAUCAUAAUGGAUUAAUCCUAUUUAUCAUCGCAAAUAUAUUUACUGAAUCUAGAUGAGCGAUUUGGCGAAAAGCAAAUAAAGAGGAACUGCCAAAGAUUUUAAUUAAAUAAAUAUGUGAUUGCUGGGCUUCGACAAGAUAUAGAUUAAGAUAUUCUUAUGAAAAUCCUUAACUUCAAUACUUUAUCCUGCAGUACUGCUGAUCGUGAAAGGGGUUUCAUAUGAAUUGAUCGUCCUAGAUAAUCGAGCGCGCUUAAGAGUACAAAAUUUGUCAAUGUUUAUAAUUAUUUUUGGACUUUCGAUAUCGGGGCAGAUUCCGGAUCAAAGCUAAAAAAGAAUCAUCGCGGGGCUAUAAAAUCAUUUCAAAAAAUCGAAGAAAUGAAAGAUGUAUGGAAAUUUUUUCAAUUCAUAUUUUUAUUUAUUUUAGUAUUAAAUUUGUGAUAUUAUAUUUAUAAUAUUAUAUAGAUAAAG